UGAUUGUGGAGUCUUAGAACAGAGAGGGACAUGGCAUGUAGUUUUGGUACAUUUCAGUCAUAGCCCCAUGAUCAUUAUUUACAUUCAAAUUUUGUAUUUGAUAUCACAUAAAGUAAGUUUCCUGACUCAAAAGUUUCCGCUUUGUUUGUUUUCUAAUUUUCUAUAAGUAGAUAGUAUAGUACACUAUGGACUUCCCGUCACUAUUUGGGUGAAUGCAGUAUUUAGUUCUGUUUAUAUGAACAUACUAAAAAGGAGGUAUUCCUGAUCGGUUGCAGUAUAACAAAGGCACAAUCAUGUAUGCUGAAUUGCUGAUACUUAUUUUGAUCUCCAGAUUGAUUUAAUCUGACUAAUGGGAAUACCUGUGUGCUUUUUUUGUCCUAAAAUGUACCUUAGUGCAUAUCAUGAUUUCCUGAAUUUCCUUAUAGCUUCUAUUGCCACCUUGCCUGUUAACUGAAAUUUUAGACUUCUUGUUCAAUCAUGUUUUUAUGCUAGGGAAAUUCUUGUUAAAUGAUGUUACAUGGUCUCACUGGUGGUUCAUUUCUAAAUGUGCUUAUUAAGGUUAAUACUUCGAGAUGGCAACAUCCACACUCUCAACUUCAUGCACUCUCAGUAGCAACUUCGGCAUUCAAGUCUCCACUGAUGCAGUGAAGAGUCCAUCUGUGAGUUUUGUCCGCCAUCCCUCGGUGACCUCUGGCCUGAAAACCUUCAGGAAGCUUGGUCUUGCUGCAAUGGCUGUCUACAAUGUGAAGCUCGUCUCACCAGAAGGGGACGUGCAUGAGUUUGAGGCUCAAGAUGAUACCUACAUCCUGGACUCUGCUGAAUCCGCUGGAGUGGAGCUGCCAUACUCGUGCCGUGCUGGGGCUUGCUCUACCUGCGCUGGCGAAAUUGAGGCUGGCAUUGUCGAUCAAUCAGAUGGAUCAUUCCUCGAUGAUGCGCAGCAGGCUGAGGGAUAUGUUCUCACCUGAGUGUCCUACCCGAGGUCCGACUGCGUGAUCCAUACCCACAAGGAAGGUGAACUGUACUAAUCAGUCCCAUGGAGACUGAGAUGCGGAUACAGAUGCACUAGAAGUUGAUAAGGAGCAACAGCCAGCAAAUGCAUUAUGUUAGAUAUCCUAUCAUACAGAAUGCAGCGAUGUCCUAGGCAGCCAAUUAAUAGGUUGAGUUGAAACAUGGUGUGCAAAGUUAGCUCAUUCAGCUGUUGAAGUUUUUGGAUGUCUCUGAUAAUAUUGGUGUAGUAAUAAAUAAACGGAGAAAACAAUGUGACUGAAUGUUGCAUGUUGGUAUUGUACUAUGCAUCUUCAUGGAUCUUUUGGCCUUGAAAGUUCCAGCAGCCUGAUCCUGCAUAGUUUAUGGCUCUACAUAUCA